AUGCUAACCGUCGCAUCCUUCCUCCCUACGCGGUGGAGUCGCUUCCUCUUCUUUCUCCUCUGUUCGCCUAUCCUCUUACCUCUUCUCUGCCUCUCGAUCCCUCUCCUCUGCGCCGUCGAGAUCUUCAGCCGCCUCCGCUGUCGAAUCUUGAAACACCUACCUUCCUCCGCCGUAACGGAAGUCCUCUCCGUCGAUGAAGAUGAUUUGGGGCUCCGGCGAUGUGAGGAAGGAUGCGGCGAGUUCGUAAUUGAAGUAGAUGAGAUUGGAGGAAGCAGUUUGCUUCAUAGAUACUUAGAGGAUCAACUGGUUUUAGCUAGAUCCAUUUACGAUUGCGGCGAAGUUGACGGCGAUCACGACCAUGAUCCAAUUAGGGUUCCUCUUUUGUUGUAG